AUGGCACCACCGACUCAGCUUAUAUCUUGCAGUAUUAUUGAAAAAGAUCUAAACGGAGACACUUUAUGGACAUGGACGUAUCCUUCGGUAACAGAUGAUCAGAAAACAAUUAUAACUCGCAAGUACAAUUUACAGUCAGAGCACUGCAGUACUCAGUCAUUUGUAUUUUCGCAUUACAAUAAUGAAUGGUUUUAUAUAAAUUCCAGCGAAGUUUUCGAUACUGAUAAAUUACCACGAGUGAAACAAUUUGCAUUAAUACUUUUCACAAAAGACUAUAACCCGCAAAAAUACGAAGUACUUUGCCGCGUAUUAAGUAAAAUGUACUGUAAAACUGGGAAUCCCGUAGAAAUACUUAAACUAUAUUUGUCUGUAUUCACCAAUGGAUCAUGCACAACCGAAGAAAACGGUAUUUACAAUUCCGAUGAUUACAAUCUUUCGCAUCUUAAUUCAGAUACAAAUAUCCGUGAUUUGAUAAAAACAUUCGAACUAGAAACAAUAUUAAUUUACAACGCGUUGUUGUUAAAAAAGCGCAUUGUUGUUUACCAUCACAGCUUGGAACAAUUGUUCAAGUGGAUCAGGACAUUUCCCGCGCUUAUGAAGCAUCGGGAUGUUACGGACAAUUUGAUACCGUGGAUCGAUCUAAAUGCAGAUGAAAUUCAGGAUUUAAAGAGCAACGCAUACUACAUUGCCGGCUGUCGCGAUAGUGCAGUAGCGCUAAAACCAGAACUUUAUGAUUUACUGGUAAAUAUACCAGCCCGUGAAAUAACGAUAGCGCCACAUGCUAAAGAAAGCUUUAUUAUGACAAAAACUCAUAAAGAAAUAGCGUUGUUUAUGAUUCAGCUUUGCGAAAAAACCUCCAGUGAAUUGCAGAUAACAAAUGAAAUAGCGGACAAAACUCAGGAUUUGUUGAACCAAUUAAAGAACAUCGCCACUGUCGAUGACAGUGGCAAAAAAAUAUUGACCGUGCAAACCAUUCGCAACCGCAUUGCGUGA